CGACACCCUCAAAGACAUCCCCCCAUCCAGAAGGAUGGUGGUCUCCAGGCCGGCCUCCACGUAUGUCCACGCCUAACCCUGACCUGACCUCCCACACCCCGCACCUGGGCGAGGAGGCACAACCGCUGCUCUCAGAGAGAGCAGGGAAGAGGGACAGAGAGAGAGAGAAUCCCAAGCAGACUCUGCGCUGUCAGUGCAAAGCCCAACUCAGGGCUUGAUCUCAGGAACCUCGAGAUCAUGACCUGAGCCGAAGAGCUGGGUGAUUAACUCACUGAGCCACCCAGGUGCUCCAGGAUAAAAAUCUAUUUCUAGAUGGGUCCAAGGAUUCCCUAAGCAGAAUGUUCAUUUUGUCAACGACAGCACCAUUUGCUACCCUUGUGGGAAUUUUGUAAUAUUUAUUAAUAUUGAAACCAAGAAAAAGACUGUACUUCAGUGUAUGAAUGGAGUUGUGGGUGUUGUGGCAACUAAUGUUCCUUAUGAAGUUGUGGCUUUUUCCGACCGGAGGUUAAAACCUCUCAUCUACAUAUACAACUUUCCUGGAUUGACCAGAAGGACCAAAUUAAAAGGCAGUGUUCUUCUGGACUACACUUUACUUUCAUUCAGUUAUUGUGGCACCUACUUGGCUAGCUACUCCUCUCUCCCAGAAUUUGAACUGGCCCUUUGGAAAUGGGAAUCAAGUGUCAUUUUAUGCAAGAAGUCACAACCUGGUGUGGAUGUAAGCUGCAUGACUUUUAACCCUAUGAACUGGCGCCAGCUGUGCUUAUCAAGUCCAAGUGCAUUGACCGUGUGGACCGUUGAAAAAAGUAACCAGGAGCAUUAUUUAAAAGCAAAGUCAGUAAAACUACCUAUGGAAGAUGGGUCAUUUUAUAACGAAACAGAUGUAAUUUUCCCCACCUCGUUGCCCAAGGAUCUUAUCUAUGGACCGGUGCUCCCACUGUCAGCCAUUGCUGGGCUAGUAGGAGAAGAGGCAGAAACUUUCAGGCCUAAAGACGAUCUAUAUCCUUUGCUUCACCCAACUAUGCAUUGCUGGACUCCAACAAAUGACCUAUACAUUGGCUGUGAAGAGGGUCAUCUUUUAAUGGUUAAUGCAGAAACCUUGAAGGUGACCAUACUUAAUAAGAUAGAAGAUACGACAUCAAGGGAGGGAUGUCAUCUGAUUAAUCCAGUCACCAUGGCAUAUCAGAAGGGAGGCGUGCUGAUUUCUGGAAUUGAUGGCUUUGUGUAUUCUUUUAUUAUUAAAGAUUUACAUUACAAAAUAGAGGAUUUUCUUCAGGUUGAAGAGCCUGUGGAACAUAUGAUAUUUUCUCCAAGUUACCAAAUGUUGCUGAUUCAAACAGAGAAGGGAUCCAUUUAUAUUUACACUUUUGGUGAGGAGCCAACCUUUAAUAGAGUCCUAGAGGCUUGUGAUGGGAAAUUUCAGGCAAUUGACUUUAUCUCACCUGGAAAUGAAUACUGCAUGACACUCACACAUUCCGGGGAAGUUUGUGUUUGGUGUUUAGAAGAUGGUACUUGUGCCAGCAGGAUUUGUCUGAAUACCCCAGCGACGGUUCUGGCUUCCUCUCCCUCCUCCUUCUCUGCCGCUGUGGGCACCCAGGAGGGCUCCAUCCAUUUCCUGGAUGUCAGAGAUCCUGAGACCCCUCGGGCAGUUUACAAGGUCUUUCCCUCCGAAUGGUCUGUGCAGCACCUCCUUUAUGACCAGCGAGGGAUAUAUCUAUUAGUUGGAACAUCAGAAGGAUGCAUCUUUAUCAUUAAUGCCAAUCCAUCAAGCUUGUUUCAGAUCCUUGGAUUCGUAGAGGUGGGCAAAGACAUUUUACAAAUAUCCACAGUGUCUCUUUUGGAAACAGACAUAGUAGAAGUGAUGGUGCUUUCGCCACUUCCGGAAACAGGAAGAAGCAGAUUGGAAAUAUUUACUCUGCCUACAACACUGCCACAAGUUUCUACAAGCUUUGCUGAUGAACGAGGGAGGCUGAGAGAUGAACUCAUUGCUAAGUUCCUGUAUGAGAUAGAACAUACCCUGUCCUCUGCCGUGUUGGACUAUCAGAGUCACCAAGUAUAUGGCUUCUGUAACCAAGUGCCAUACAUCUGCAGCUACCGUCUUCCUGAAAAAGAACAUAGCGGUAUUUGCAUUCUUAAGCCAUACCAAAAGGUGCAAAGCAAGCACUACGGACCUGGCAUGCUCUCUCUGUCUCCGCAUGGAUUGUGGCUCACAACAAUAGCUAAAGGUGGAAUUCUGUGUAUCCGAGAUGUUCACACUUUGGAAACGUUUGCUCGAAGUCGGAGUCAUUCUCACCAGGGGCAUGGGAUUCAAUCAGUGAGAAUUUCAAUGGAUGGAAAAAACAUUCUAGUGAAUGGGAGAAAUGAUGGCACCCUUGUUUACCUCAGAUGGAGGCGGUUUGGAGGAAACUUAGCCAGUGAAAUUCUUGAAUAUUGCCAGAAACUUUUAAUUUCCCUGAGCAACACCAUGGAUGAGGAGAAUGAUUAUUUAAGUAUAUUAAAAAGAGAGUCCUUGAAUUUGGGAUCAACAUCUGAACACACAAUAAAUGAAGAUACGAAGAAGUUAAGCAUUGAUUCAUCACAAGAGGAAUUAACCCAAGUUGAUAAUUCAAAGGAAAUUCCCUGGCUACAACAAAGAAGCCAAGAGGCCAUCAGAAAGGAGGUUAAACUGUUUUCCAAGAAAAGGAAAGAGAUAAAAACAGGAAUCAAAGCACUUGCUAAAACCGUUCUGACUAUGAUGGAAGAAAAUGAAGCAAUAGACAAUAUUGCAAAAUUAGGGCAAAAGGAAUUUAGCCUGGAUCUUGAAGAACUGGAAAGGCUUCACAACGAAAAUGAGGAAGAAGUGGCAAAGAUAAGAAAGGAUGCAGAGAUGCAUAACCUAGCCAAGGCCUAUUUGGCUGAACUUAUUAAAGAAGAAUGCUGGAAUGCGAUGGCUGUGAAAGGUCGAGCUCUUAAGUGCUUUCACAUGCCUUACGUGGUUGAGAACUUCCCAAUGAAAGAACGCACGGAUGAAGAGUUGAAAGAAUUAAAGAGAGUUUUGCAGCAAAAGAAGAUUGAAGCAGAGUGUCUUAAACUACAGAAGGAAAUUGUAGAGGUUCAGUCUGCAAUUACCUUGGUUAAAAAGCAUCGUGAAGAGGAGGAUGAAGAAGAGGAAGAAGAUGUGGCAGUAAAAACUAACAACUUGCCCAAUUAUCUGCUUGGCAGUCUGAGUACUGAUUUUGGGGUACAUGCCUCUCUGUUGUCAGGCCAAUUGGAACUUCAUUCCAGAGAGGAGAAAAUCAACCAAAUUAUAUUACUAAAAGAUGUCAUUUACAAGGUGAAAACUAUUUUCAACAAUGAGUUUGAUGCUGCAUAUAAACAAAAAGAGUUUGAAAUUGCACGUGUGAAGGAAAGAAAUGUAAGAAUUCAAGAAAUUAUUUUAGAUCUGGACUUAGAAGAAGUGGUCUGGCAACCAGAAUUUGAUGAUUGCGAGAAACCAGAGAGAACCCUUGUUGUGGAAAACAAAGAGAUUACAGCUCACAGAUUUGUUAAUCCAUGGCAAAAAAACAAAACGCAAUUUACUGUGACCAGUAAAAUGGAGCAAUGGCUUCUGACACGGGGUCCUGACACAAGGCACCGAGCCCUGAUGGACAUGAUGGGAGGAGUUCUGGAAGUCAAGAAGGAAGAUAUUUUGAGAAUGGUGAUUCCUCAACCUGCUUUCAUGGCAAAACCUGAUGCUGUAUGGUCUGAAGAAGAGAGGAAACAAUUUAAAGAAUAUGAGAAGAAAGUUAAAGAGUUAAAUGAAGAAAGAGAGAAAUAUAGAAAGUCAUUAGAAGCAGAAAUGAAGAAACUUCAAAAUUCCAUUCAAGAAAGCACACAGAAUUUUGAUGAACAUUUGAAAAGACUCUUUGAAAGGAGAGUAAAGGCAGAGAUGGUUGUCAACCAGGAGGAACUGAAAAUAAAUAACCUCGUUUUUUCUUUGCUGUUGGAUGAAGAAAUAAGCUCCAGAGAAGCAUUCCUAAACAACUACCUUAUAAAGAAGCAGGCGGAGAAAAACCAGACUUCAGAGGCCAUCCAGAAAGCCAAAGAAGACCUUGAUACAUACAGGGAACACUAUGACAACUUAUUGGCAGAAGACAAAGUUUUGGAUCGCAGCUUUAAAAAAGAAUUUUCUGAAAUUCCCAGUCACCAGGUGGAUAUACUCUACAAACUUUUUAAACGCCGACCAAGGAUUCAGAAACAGAAAAUACACUCAGAUACUGCCAGUAUUGUGCCUUUUGGAGAGCGACCAGAAUCUGGGAAACUGAAUAAGGAUGCCUUUUCCCAAUUAAUGAAAGCCAUGGAUGACUUGGACAAUAUUAGUAACAUGCCAGAAGGCUUGGACCCCUUGGUCUGGGAUCAUUUCUGCCAAACCAGACGAGCAAAAGUGGAAAAUGAACAGAAAGUAAAGCAGAAAGCAGCUGUCUUAAUGGAAAUGGUUGCUUUCCUCCGGCGGAGAACUGAGGAGGAUGAGAAGUUGCAACAGGAAAUUGAAAAAGUGUUCCAUGAACGCAUUGUAUUACAGGAGGAGAAGGUGAGAUUCCAGUUGAAUUUGACAAUCCAAAUUCUCCUUAAACAAGGACAAGUAGAGCUGGAAAAUUUCCAGUUAUUGCUGGAGUAUCCUGAUGCAAUUCUCAUCAACAAGAGCAUAAUUGAAGACUUGAAUUGUGUGAUUCGGGCUCAAGGACAAAAGAAAGUUGCUAGCAUGAUGGAAAGUAAAGAUGUCCACAAAGGAAUAUUUCAGAUUGAGUGGGAACAUAAGAAAAUGGAGAUGGAAAUGGAAGAUCUAAAUCAGAAGGCUUGGGAUAUUCAGAUGCUAUUUUUUUCCAGAGAUCGUCAAAAGUACCUAAAUGAACCAAACUAUGAGACUCUGAUUGCCAUUCAGAUUGGAAUAAUGGAGCAAACCAUUGCUGUUUUAGAUAAGACCCACAAAAAGAAUGUGGAAAACUGCAAAAAACUACUAAAAAAGCUGGGAAGGUACAGCAAUCAAAAAGAUAUAGCAAAUUAUACUCUGAGCUGCAAUUUACGAGAAGAGCUGGUGGCUGUCUCAGAGAGAAAGGACAUCUGUAAUGCAAUAGGGUCUCAACUGACUUGUGAAAAGAUUGCCAAAGAACAGUAUGAAAACAUGAUGCAUCAACAAAAGUUAACAAAUAUUUCAAAACAACAAGCUGAACAGAUUUCAAUACUGCAGGCCGAAGUUGAACGAUUAAGGAUGAAGACAUUUCCUACUCUUGUUCAAAUGUAAAAAUGCUGGUGGGAAACAAGACAGACAGUCAAUCAUUUAAAAAAUAGUUUCAUUGGAUUAAAAUGAUUUCUUUUUCUCCCAUAUCAGGACAUUUAAGUAGAGCUUCUUCUUAGUUUCAUUUUUUAAUAGCAAAUUAUUUAAUUUUAGCCUCAUUAUUAUAAAAAUGUGUGUCUUCCAUGAAUGUGUAAAAUAUCAUGAAUUGCUUUUGCUCAAGAAUGAACUGAAAAUAUUCAAGAUCUAUUUUACUAUUUAACUCAUUUAGGCUUAAUUUUCGUCAUAAAGACAAAAAUUUUUAGCCACUACUGGCAUUUGUAACUUUAUGAAAUUACCAGAAAACUUAUGAGCUAAUGGAUGAUUUUCAUACUUUUCUGUAUUAAGUUUUCUUCAUCAAGGACUUAUGUAAUCAGAAAAAAAAAUUACCAGGGGUCACCUGGGUGGUUCAGUCGGUUUAGUGGCCAACUCUUGAUUUUGGCUCAGGUCAUGAUCUCACGGUUGUGAGAUAGAGUCCUGCAUCGGGCUCCAUGCGCAGCAUGGAGCCUGUUUGGGAUUCUCUCUUUCCCUCUCUCUCUGCUCCUCCCCUGUUCUGUCUCUCUUGCUCUGUCUCUCUCAAAAUAAAUAAGUAAACUUUUGAAAAAAGAAAACAACUAUCAGAACAUAUAAGAUCAUUCCCUAUUCUAGCCUGAAAACAAAGUGAACUGUUUACUUUUACCAAGCCUUAAGUCAUUUGAAAAGUACAACAUAUUUUUUUUAAUGUUUAUUUAUUUUGAUAGAGAGACAGGGGUUGGGGGAAGGGCAGAGAGAAAGGGAGAAUCUCAAGCAGGCUCUGCGCUGUCAACAUAGCCCAAUGUGGGGCUUGAUCUCACAAACCAUGAGAUCAUGACCCGAGCUGAAAUCAAAGAGUUGGUUGCUCAACCGACUGACCCACCCAGGCAUCCUGCUACAUAUUUUCUUCUAUAUAAACAUAACAUAAUCUUCUAUAUUGCAUAUUCAUUGUAAUAGAUGAUGAUAAUGAAAUAAAGAGAAGAUUAAAUGGUCAGAAAGCUGCUUUGCCCUGGACUGUUGCAUUCCAAGAUGAUACCAUUGGGAUCAUUGGUGUAGGGAAAGCAAGAGAGCUAUUAUUAUAAAACCUCCUAUUUAGAAAAAAAUCUUUAAGAGAUUUAAAAUCUUCUAUUUAGAAACUUCCAGGAUAGUACCAUAAUUGAUCACCUAUAUACUGAUCAAUGGGAAUGGUAAGAGAAAUAAUAGGUCCAAUGGAUUUUUUUUGUUUUUGUUUUUGUUCAAGUUUAUUUAUUUAUUUUGAGAGAGACAGAGCACGAGUGGGGUAGGGGCAGAGAGAGAGGGAAAAUUCCAAGCAGGCUCUGUGUGAUAUAGAGCCCGAUGCAGGGUCUGAAUUUACAAAAUUGUGAGAUCGUGAUGAGCCAAAAUCAAGAGUCAGAUGCUUAACUGACUGAGCCACUCAGACACCCCACAGGCCCAACAUCAUUUUUGAGGACUCGCCUCCUUAGUACCAGAAUGACUCCUCAAGUAGUUGAUUUGACUGAUUCAGUAGAAAAGUGCCCAUUGCUAACAUUCUCUACAUUUGGGUUCCUUCAGAAUUAUCUCUGAGAUUGUGGGGUGAUUGUGGGGGUGGAAGGGUAGACCCAAGGUUGGAGAAGUGUGUUAAGAAUACAAAAAUUUGGGGGGCCCCUGGGGGGCUCAGUCAGUUAAGCAUCUGAUUCUUGACUUCAGCUCAGGUCAUGAUCUCAAUGGUUUGUGGGUUUGAGGACACAUCAGGCUCUGUGCUGACAGUGCAGAGUCUGCUUGAGAUUCUCUCUCUCCUUCUGCCCUUCCCCCACUGGCGUGCAUGCUCUCUCUCUCUC